ACAAUACGCGAGAGGUUCAAGUUCUCGGUUCGGAUUUUUCCGGCUGUAGUCGGCUCAGGGAAUGCAGACGCCGAAGCGUGCAGACUAUAGUGUAGCCAGUGGAGACGGGCAAAUAAAAGAAGGGGAAAAGGGACAAACAGCUCCAACGACUACACAAGAAAAGCGGCGGAAAAUAAAACCAGCAGGUAGACGUUGUCGCAUUCCAUGACAGUGACUGGGCGGACCUAAACUGUAUCCCACCGGCCCGUAGAGCUCAUUUAACACAUGCACAAGAAGAAAUACUGGCAAAUGUCAAUAAUAGGAGUCAAACGGGCGGCUUGUGAGGGAUCAGAGCUCUGAGACUGGCUGGCGGAGCCCCGUUAAGACGCACAAGCGGAUUAGGACUCGCGAGCAGGUGCCUUUGUUGGCUCGCGCCGUUGCUAGUGGAGACCCGCAGUAGCCCGACGCGCUUCUGUAAAAUUAAUGCCUCCAAAUGAGCGUCUCUUCAGCAAACGGGGAAUAAAACGCGCCUGGCAGUUCUAGGAGUUUUUAACCAAAUGCAAGUUCUGGCACCAUGUUCUACGGUUCCUCAUCAGCCAGCAUGUCUCUGCCAUCCAAGAACCGCCUGAAGCGUCAGAGUCGCACUUUUACACAGGUUCUGUACCGGACACUAAGCUAUCGGGAUCGUCGUUCUGUGACCGACCUACCCGAGCAGGUACGGGACGAUCCAUCUGAGCUGUCCACCCAAUCAUCUGCACCGGGUGUCUUGAAGAUAUUUGGUGAUGAAAUCAGCGCUGGCGCUAACUACAAAAGCGUUCUCGCCACACCUCGUUCCAGUGCCCAGGAGUUGAUCAAAGAGGCGCUUGAGCGCUAUUCUCUAAACAAGGCCUCGGCCUGUAGCUACGUGUUAUGUGACGUGAUUGGACGGUUUGAGGGCCCAGAUCGACGGUGGCGGACUGAGUGCCUACGGGCGUUAGGAAACAAUGAGAAACCCCUACUCUUGCAGGACCUCUGGAAGCCAAAGGAGGGUUACUCUCGUCGCUUUGAGCUCAGAAGAAGAGCCGAGGUUGAGGAACUGGCAGCAAAAGAGAAGGACACAGUCACUGCAGGGACCCACACAAACUCCCCUGUGCUAUCUGCAACCUUGAGUAGAAGCGGGCAUGGUAGAUGCCAUCGGAGCUCCCCCCGGGGCUGGCGUUUGAUACAGCCCUGUACAACUAUUGUUAAAGAUAUCAAUGCUCAAGCAAGGAAGCUACAAAGAAACCGUGCUAAAGGAACAAUGACGCUCCAGCACGGCUCCUCAUUUUGCCGUAGCCUCAGUGAAACCAGCCUUAAUUUGGUGGGUCUGCCUGGUGAGGAACCUAAACGGUACUACUCCACCCUCCCAGGACCAAUCAGAACACGCUCGGCACGAGACGCAGAGACCCGUAAAGAACGAGAUGGGGGUGGAGUUAAACACUCUCUCUACCAAUCACCACACUUGCUGCUGCUUCAAGGGUACAACCAACAGGAUUGCCUGGUUUACCUGUUGAAUCGAGAGCAGCACACAGUUGGUCAGGAAACAGCAUCAGCACGACCAAAUAUCUGCCUGUCAUCUCCGGAUGUGCUUCCACUUCACUGCCGAAUACGCCGUGCACCUCAACGGCGCUCUUCCUCGGACCAGCGAUUACUUCUGGAGCCCGUCGCCCACGGCAAUGUGCUGGUUAACUUCAUGCGUAUUGAGCGUCCCACUCCACUACGUCAUGGGGAUUUGCUGUCCUUUGGUGCUCAUUAUAUCUUCCUAUACAAAGACCCAUUAAGUGCGAAACCUCUUCCUGCUCAAACUCUCACUCGACUUCGGGCACUGGCACGACUAUGCGAAAGCGAGUCGGGGAGCGUGUCUGAGAAAGGAGAGGCAUGUCGUAUGUGUGGGGCCGUAUUGCACGAACCGGUGGCGUCUCGGCGCAGCACUAAGGCUCCUGCGCGAGGUGCACAGAAACGAAAGCUCGCGCUGGAAUUUGAGCGGGCUCACGAGGAUGCGCUGGUGAACCGAGUGCUGACGCUUAUUGAGCCGAGCGGAGAUGACCACAAGCUGACACCAGCAUAUUUGCUUUGUCUAUGCAUCAAGCACUCAGCUAAUACAUUUCCACCUGGCAGCUUCGGUAAACUAUUGCUGAAAAUUGCCAAGAGGAUUCAGACCAUAGCAUGGGAGAAGACAAAGGAGUUGGCACAGAAGCAAGCUCAGCAUCAAGAUCCUGCCUCGCUGUCGCUGCUCAGCAUCUCAGACCUUGUACCCGAUCUCCAGUUCAUUUUCUUCUGGAUGUCAAAUGCCAUCGAAAUACUGUAUUUUAUCCAGCAGAAAUCACCUGCUUACAUGCAGACUAUUGAGCUCAUGGAUGAUAAAGCGGGAUCUAAAGAAUCUCUCCUCUCAGCGACAAUAUCAGCAAACGAAGAAGCUAUGACCAUACUAGAGGAAGUGAUUAUGUACACCUUUCAGCAGUGUGUUUACUACAUCACUAAGACCUUGUAUGUUGUGCUGCCAGGCCUGUUGGACUGUAACCCAUUUGGGACGGAGUCUUCAUCAGAGCAGUGCCGGCGGGCUGUUGGAGUGUGUGUGUGUGCUGUGUGUGUGAUGCCAGAGGCAGUUCGCAGAGUGGUGAGUGUGUUUCAGACUACAUCAGACCUGCUGCAGCAGUACCAGGUUCAUUCAGAGAUUCAGAGUCAAAUGUUCGCCUACCUCUUCUUCUUCACCAACGUCUCACUCUUUAAUCAACUCAUCGAUAAAGGCCCCGCACGUGGCUGGUUUCAGCGUUCUCGGGUUCUGCAGAUCCAGGCUAGUGUGAAGAUGCUACUGGACUGGGCUAAAGGGGCGGGACACAGUCAUCUCGCCCAGAAAUUCUUUGCCAAAUUCUGUAGCGCUGUGAGCAUCCUGGCCACACCCCCACAACAGCUUUCCCAGAUGAGUUGGAAAGCUUUGUGUGCAGAGCAUCCAUCUCUGAAGCCUGUCCAGCUACAUAGAAUCCUCACACAGUACCAGCUCAUGGCGGAGCUUGGUCCUCUACCAAUCUGGCAACCCAGCAGUGAAGAUGAGGCGUAUAUCUACAGAACAGUUGAUCUACUAGAGAGUUUUGAGAACCACCCUCCUAUUGUGCUGCCGAGUGCUGGAUUUAAGGUGGACCUGGAGAGUGACAGUGUGGAGGACAGUAUAUACCGUCAACUACUUUACGUUCGACAUUUCCUUUGGGGUCUUCGUACCAAGACCCAUCCUUCUAAUGGCUGUGCAGACCGUCAGGAUGUCCAGCGUGAGCCUCCUCAGCCUCACUCCAGUCCACAUCCGGCACCUCCUAUGCGUGGGGAGGGAGAAGGGGAGGUGCGGGGCUCCUCCAUGGGAAGAGGAGAGGGAGCUGGAGCCGAGGAACGACCCCGGGACAAGCCGCCACAUAGCAUUCACUACAGAAACGGGACCAGCAUCCGUUAUGCCAACCAAACCCAAGCGACAGACUCUUCCUGUAUACUGACUCCACCUAAUACGCCCCUCUAUCCGGAACACACGUAUAUACACUCCAACACACAGUCCAAUCCAGCCCACUACCCUGAGCAUGCUUCACAAGAGCACACACAUACACACUCUCACACAAAGUCCAAUGGUUGCAUGCGUUCAACUCCAGAGCACAAGAAAAUCAAUGGCUACAUCAGCAAUGGCAUUGAAGGCCCUUUGAGUGGUUGUGGUUUUCCUUUCCCUGUCCCUGUCUCUCAUCUGGCCCCAAACUCUGAUGAUAUCUGUUCCGUCUUUGUAGUGGACCUGGAUAAAGGACCUUACGGCCUGGGAAUGGGACUUAUCGAUGGACUUCACACCCCUUUGAAUUCUCCUGGAAUCUACAUCAGGACACUGAUUCCAGAUGGACCAGCUGCUGCAGAUGGGCGACUUUGCAUUGGUGACAGAAUCCUGGCAGUGAAUGGGACCAGUCUCAUUGGAGCAGACUACCAGAGUGCCGUGGAUUUGAUUCGUCUGGGGGGAGGACGGCUCCGGUUUCUUGUCGCCAAAUCAGAUCUUGAAGUAUCAGAGAAGAUCAGUGCCUCUUCCUGCUGAGAGAGAGGCUGCAAGUGUGACCCUCUACCUAGACGAAAUUUGAGGAGCACAGCGAUUCCUCCUUUCCGAGACUGGAGAACAAGCACACUAUAGGACCUCUCAGCGACUACAGCUCUCUAUCUCAGCCCUGUACAAUACUGCACUCUUUCUCAUUCAGAAUGACAGUUUGACAUCUCUGUCUUAUGUUACCUCUUAGCCAAUCUUGGUUAGUUUCUUGAAUGUCAAGGAAUAUCGAAAGGGAUGGUAUUUGUGCGUGUAAUCUGGCUGAUACUGUAAAAACAAAUUAAUAUUUAUAUGAUAGCAGACAUGAAAUGGGGCAAAAGUGGGGUUUUAAGAACAAACAAACAAGAAAACAAUAGAAUAAAACAGAAACAUUUCAAAAGCCUCGCUUAAAGGCACAAAUGAGUCUUUAUCUUAUCAUUAAUGGUUGAUUAAAAAGAUCUGAGAGGAAUCUCUUCCGAAAUUUCAUUCUUCAUUUUUCAUUGAUAAAAGCUUGUCUCUUUUACAUUGAUAGCAAACAAAAAAUUGACUCAAAUACUUGAUGGUUUUCUCGUUGAACUUAUAUAUUAAGUUAAACAACUGCACUUCAAGAGCCUCAUUUCAUGGUGCAACUUUCUUUCUGUAUAAAUAUCCUAAAAUUCUCAGUUUCCUAUGUUAGCAGUAUUUACAACGGCAAUGACUUUAAGUUCACUAACUCACAAACUGCAUAUACACAAGCAUAUAUCGUUUUCAAAAUGCUAAAAUGUUAAUAUACGACAUAGAAUUCAUAAUAUAAGCUCUUUUGUUUAUAUUUGAGAGGACAUAACUCUGCACAAGUUUUUGAAUACAAAAGUGUUUAUUUUUUCCAUUAUUUCAUGUUUGUACUAAAUCUGUAUUGCAAUAUUUCAUAAAUGCAUUUUUUUCUCAGUUGAACUUGUAUUUGGAAGAUUUAUAUGGUAAUAUACCUUGCUAUUAAAUCGAACGUUGAGAAGUCAAA